AGUGUUUAAAAUUGCGACUAUAUGGGCGGUGGAGAGAGGAAAAUCAUUGACGAAAGAAGGCUGUAAAGUGAUUGACAGCCGCUACUGUCGCGGUGAUACAUAACUUCUAUCAAAGUUGUCAGCGGUUUGAACAUAACGCCAUUUUUGUUGCGCGGAGUGAAUCAGAUCAGUGUUGGACUUUACGGAUGUAACGUGAACAAAAAUUAAGUGAAGAUUUGUGAAAGGACUACUCAUACGUACGCGUGGCAUAGAAUGCCAGUUAUGGAAAGAUACGAUACUUCAAAACUACUACCAGCGUCGGCAUCACAGUAUCUGCCACCGGACUACCUACAGCCCCUCCCGACGACGUUGGACGCGAAAAAUAGUCCCUUGGCUUUACUGGCACAGACGUGUAGCAGCAUAGGAAAGGAUCCGCCAUCAAAACCGAUUAUUCCGCCGCUGGAGAGGAAAGAUAGUUCUCAAAAAUCGGGUGGAAUGGACAACAAAGGCAGCCCGCCCAAAGAGAGGGAUGGACGGACAUCUAAUGACAGUCAUCGGUCCAAUUCUUCUACUUCAAAAGACAUUCCAAACUUCUAUCCAAUCUCAACUUCAAGUCCAAAACCUGAGAAAUCUCAGGCGGAUAAUCAGCGGACAAAGGAUGGGAGGAAAUCCGCAGAUAGCGUGUACAAGUCUCCCACUGCCUCCUCUCGACCUUUGUCUAAUUCAUCCUCGAGUGGAUUAAAUGGAUUAAAAUCAAAUAUUGACAGGGCGAGCCCUCGACCUAAAACAAGUGAUCAAACAAAGGACAAUAGGGACUCCAAGUGUUCCCCACCCCCUCCCAAACGUCAAAGGUCGGAGUCACCCGUGAGAAGAGACACCUCACCGGGUCAAGAGGGCAAAUACUCUCAUCCAUUAUACCCGGGGUUGCCAUAUGGAGCGAUGGGAUAUCCUGGACUCCCCUACGGACCAAGUAGCCUACAGCCGUCCGCUGAAGCACUAGCGGCCGCGGGUUACCCAUAUGGACUUCCUGGCGGAAGCAGCUAUAGUCUAGCAUCCGCUCACGCCCUUGCGGCUCACCAAGCGGCCUUAAAAUCUAGUUCGUCGGCGGCUUUGUCUCAGUACAUGCAGUAUGCGAGCCGUCUUCGCGCUCCCGGCGGUGUUUCCGCCUGUAAGGACCCUUAUUGUACAAAUUGUGUAGCUUCCGGUGUACCACAGAACUCUCAUAUAUCCCAGUGUACCUCCCCAGGGUGUGCGCAGUGUUCUCAUGAAAAGGCUUUACAAGGACUAUUUGGUUUACAAGGUUCGAAUCCCUUGCAUUCGCCUCUCGGUGUGCCUAGCUCGAGCGCGUUUGGACUCUCUCACUUACACAGUCUCUAUGCUCAAAACCUGCUUAGUCAACAAGGGCAGCAACAUGUGUGUAACUGGAUGGCUGGAAGUGAAUAUUGCGGCAAACGUUUCAACUCCUCAGAGGAACUAUUGCAACAUUUAAGGACACAUACAGCCGGUGGGGAAUCUGCCCUCAGUGCUUACGGGUCCCUCGGGCUGUCUAUUCCCACCCCUGGGGAUUUACCAGGUCUCCCUGGCUACCCUGGGGCCGGAAGUAGUAUAAGCCCAGAGACGCUGAGACGGAUGUACCCCACGAGUCUUAGCCCUCUUGGCGGAAGUUCCCUCUCAAGCCGAUACCAUCCCUAUAAGUCGGCGCUUCAGGGAGGGCCACCAGGACUACCGGCCCCUCAAAGUUUGUCCACGCUCGGACCAUAUUACUCUCCUUACAAUAUAUAUGGACAAAGAAUCGGGUCGGCGGCAGUGCCUUAAAAGGUCACGGUGCCUUAAUAUUUUAUUAACGUUUGGAAAAUAUGGAUAUUAUUUGCAAACAGAUGCUAUGUGAUAUUUAAUUGGGAGUAGUAUUUGUGAAAUACUAAGAAUUAUACCAUUGAAAUGAAUAUUAUAAGGAUAUUAAUAUUCGAAAGAAAUGUGCUACAAAGUUUUGAACAGUGCUAUUGUGUGAUAAAAUUGCGCAAUAAAGUUUUAGUGUCUUGGUGUUUAAUUUGAAAAGUCAAAUCAUUAUUUGUUGCAUUAAAAUAUUAUUAAAGUAGAUUAUUGUUUUGUAUUUGAAACUAUCGUUAAUAAUAAAUUCUAUCAAGCAGAA